AUGGACCUGUCCAAGGCAUUCGACUGCCUUCCUCAUGACUUGAUUGUGUUAAAACUCAAGGCCUAUGGCCUGUCAAAUGCAGCUGCGGAGCUGAUGCACAACUACUUGACAGACCGCAAACAAAGAGUUAAACUCGGAAAAGCUUGUAGCGAUUGGAUGACUAUAAGUAAAGGAGUUCCUCAAGGGUCAAUUCUAGGUACUCUUAUCUUCAAUAUUUUUGUAAAUGAUAUAUUCUACUUUAUUAAGAAUGCAACAGUUUACAACUAUGCUGAUGACAAUACUCUCUCUCAUUGUGAUUCAAAUGUCUCAACUUUGAAAACUGUACUAGAAAAUGAAAGUGUUAUUUUAAUCAACUGGUUUAAAAACAAUUUAAUGCAGGCUUAUCCUGACAAGUUUCAGGCGAUUUGUGUUGCGGACGUAGAACCUGCAUUCAAUAGGCGUUAUGCGAUUCAUUUAACUCAGUCAACAUGGAGUCAGGGGCAAACAACUUGUAGAGAGAGCGGAGGCAAACUGGCAACUAUUUACGAUUAUUCUACAGUACCAGACAUAUUCAUAGAGGAGGAACACCUUUUAAGCAACGAAGACAUUUUCUGGAUUGGGUUACACAGGAUUUUCGCAGACCAAAGCUACGUUUGGGAUAAUGGUGAUAACAUCACAUGGUUCAACUGGAAACCAGGGAUGACUGACAACGGGUCCACACUUUGUGUCGGUGCAUCAAGUAGUAAACCGUACGCCUGGCAUACAAUGGAUUGUGGGAGGAGACUUCCCUUUCUCUGCCAACGUACUAAAGGGGACUGUCGGUUUGUCGAGUUUGCAAAUAUGACUAUUCAAUCCUAUAAUUACAUAUACUUGUACCACAAGAACGUAGAGCAUUGUAAGAACGUAUGUGCUGUGGAACUGGGAACCAGGUGCCGAUCAUUUGACUACUACCCGGUUGAUGGACGGUGUGAAUUCAACACGGGAGAUAGAUGGACGUUAGACCAGUAUUAUAGGUACAGGCAAGGCUGGGUGUACUUCCAUUACACUUGCAAUUUAGGGGAAGUAAUUGAAGUUUCUGUAUCACCUUCACCGAGUCUUGGUUGCUUGGAAACAACGAACGUGUAUGUAACACACGAUAUAUAUUCCUCAUUUGUUGUCACCAUCACACACGAAGUUUCUGCAACUCGUGACUUUCCAGUCACUCGUGACGUCAUAGUUACAUCAACUCAUGUAGAUAGGACGACUGUGACAUUGACUGAAACGUCAACCCACGUGAUUUUGGCGUCACCAACGUUCAGUUUUCCAUCUACUUCUGCAGCAGAAGAUCCGAUUGAAGAACUGAAAGAAAUAGGCGAAGUAGCAGUAGAACGAAAGAAAACUUUGAAGAAGAUUAGUGUUGAUGAUAGAAGGCCGUCUGCUAAAUAUGUUGGUUACGUUGCAAUUAUUUUCAUGUCCUUGGUUUUCGGCUCUAUUGUGCUAUUCGAUAUGUUAUCAUUAUGCCGUUAUCGAAGACGUUGCUGCAAUGUGAAAGAAAAUAAAUCAAAAUCGAUUAAGGGCAAAAGAAACAUGAAUGAAACAUUUGACUGGACCAAAAUAAGAGCCCGAAAAGAAAGUGACAUGGAAAGUGAGGAAGAAACGCCUAAAAUAAGACAACGGAACGUUGGACAAUUAAAUGAUGAAUCUAUCACGACAAAUGACGAAGAGGGUCCAACCACUAGUUAUAAAUCUGACUUUGAUAAGAAAACUGAUCACAGGUCAAAAAUGAUAUGGAGACCUUUCGUUUUGCACAUGGGUGACAGUGGUAUAGACGGCUCGGAUUUGAGUUCUAGCCCGAGUAAUAGUGACAGCUGCAGUGAUAUCUUUCAUUUUCAGUACUUCCUUAAUGAACACGAUAACAAACCAAAGGAAAUAGACCCGCAAUGUAACACUGAGGGUGAAGAGUCACGCUUUAGGUAUCAGAUAACUAAAUUCUAGUUUAAACUAUUGGU